AUGGAAUCAGAACUAAAAUCCACAAAUGCGAUGAUUAAAGACUUAGAGUACAACCUGAGUCACAGCCAUGAUGCAUACCAAAAGGCAAAAAAUGAUUUAGAGGAUUUAUAUCUUCUGUAUUCCAAAAUUAAACAGACAGAUGGAUCAGCCCAUAAUAUAGUCAAUGCUGAAAGGGAUCCAUCUAACACUGUGGGAUCUCCUGACCCUCCAUGUCUUACUCCCCAGCAUCCAGACAUGUCAUCACAUGCUCCUAAAGCAGACCCCAUCCAAGACACUCAGCAACCUGAAAGUGUUGGUAUGAUAACACAGGAGGCAUUAACCCAAUUGAGUCGGGCGUUGCAAACUGUAACCACCUUACUAGAUGCCAGUAACACGGAAGCCCCUAGAAGUGUCUCUCCUCAUAUUCCCCAGGAUAGACAUAUUAGGGUUAGGGUUAAAUCACCUGUACAAUAUGUGUCUCAUGAGAGUGGGGAAAGCGCAUGUGAGUCUGAUAGUGAUGUGGGAAAACGUGUAUCUUACUCCCUGCCACACAGGCAGGUGUUUGCCCACAAAGAGGAUCAGGGUCCCAGGCGACCAUCAUAUGCUGAGGUGGUCUCUAGAAAGAAAAAUUACCAGUACUCAGAAAAGGAUCAAAGUUCAUCCAGCAUAAUUAAGUUUUUAAAUACCACCGUGUCCAGGUUCUCUAAGAAAGGUUCUUCUCAGAUAGCGAAUCACCUAGAACUGUAUGAGUCCACUAUGGAUUCUUUAAAAUUAUACUCUGAUGCUGACAGGAUCAGAUUCCUUCCAUGGGCAUUUGAUGAUAAGUAUCGUCAUUACUUUACCUCUUUUAGGGAGAGAGGAAUUCAAGAUUGGCCAAGUGUUUUGCAUGAAGUUAAAUUGGAAUUCGGACCUUACCGAACCAUUACUGCUGCAAAACGGGACAUAUAUAAGCUUACAUGUAGGUCCAAUCAAAGUCCCCGUGAAUUCCUCUCUAUCCUUAAAAAUGCCUAUGGGUUAGCAUAUAGGUCCCCAAACUGGGAAUCUGAAGAGUUUAAGCAGUUGUUCUAUGAUGCUAUGCCAACCCAGAUCAAACUUAGCCUAGCUAGAGAUCUGGAUAUUGAAGCUCCCUUAGAUUGGUUGGUGACGGCUGCCACCACGCUGUAUAAUAUCAGUGAAUGCCAUGAAACAGGUGAGAAAAGAUUUAAAAAGUCCCCAGAGCAAAACAUAGCUGAAGCUAAGGUAAACCCUAGCUUGGGAUUUGAAACACAGCCACGUAAAUACCCUCAGUCCACAGGUCCUGUCCAACAAACUCAGCAACAACAGGUAAGACCCAAGCAAACCAAGCCCCAAAAUCCCAAUGGGUCAGAGGGGGAUAAUUCUGGUGCUGGGAGGUCUAACUACCGUCCAUAUUACAAUCCCCAGGGAUAUAGGUCCUAUUACAAUAGAAAUUCCCAAGGUUACAGACGCUGGAAUAACAGGCCCAGACAACAGAGGGAAGAUAGGCAGGAACCCUCAAGUUCACCUAGGAGUAGGUCACCCACCAAUAAUCAGGGCACCUCACAAAACCAAAAUAUGCGCAAACCAAACAGGGUUGAUCAGCUGGCAGAACAAGUGGCCCAGUUAAAUGACGUUGUGAGAAAUUUGUCCCAGGUAUCCCCAGGAAAACAGCCUGAACCUUUUUUAGGGGCAACUCCAGGUCCCAGCUCAACAUCAUAA